AUGGUGAAGCGUUGUCGUGCGGAAUGUGAGCUGUCGGAGUUUGUGCACUCAUGCGUCAACUUCAAAACCAAUGUGCACUUUACUGAUAUCGCAACUUACCAGAAGGAGCAUGCGUCGGGGCUUUCGUCCCCCUUUGCAGUCCUCAUUGGUACUCGGGCGCAGCUGGAGGAUGCUUCAGUGAAGAGUCUGCCGGUGUACUGCCCCGCCGUGGCGGAGGCGAUUAAGCAGGUGAAGGAGGGAAAGACGUUCGGCGUCCUCGCCGAGGGGGUGCGGAACGCAGCGGACGCAAAGUUCGUGCGUGUGGUGGUGGGCGAGGUGCCGUCGAAGGCGGCCCGCACCAACUGCCCCGCGCGGCCCGACGUGAUCGCGGCGCUUGUGACGGCGGCGCUGGAGGAGGCCCCGUCGGCGGUGUCGGCGGUGGACGUCUUUGUGCGCUCCACCGCGGCGGUGGCGGUGGCGGUGGCGGUGGCCCGCAGUGGGCGGCACAACUUCUCCGCGAAGGACGGCCUGGCGGGGCGGGCGUACCACGACGAGGCGCUGCGGCUGCAGGUGGUGUUCCCCAGCGUCCCCACCCCGCCACCGCGGGAGCUUGAGGUGAUCGCCACCUCCACGCAGCUCUGCCAGCGCCUCGUGGACGCACCGACCAAUCUGCUGAACACCACCACCUUCACAGAGAUCGCGCAGGCAUAUGCAAAGCAGCUGGGAUGUGGCAUCGAUGUCAUCUGCGGCGAUGAGCUGUGCGAGAGGGGGUACGGUGGUAUUUACUCUGUUGGUAAGGCUGCCAGUGAACCACCACGUCUCGUAACGCUCACAUACACCCCUAAAAGCAAGGAAAAGAAGAGGGUCGCACUGGUUGGGAAAGGAAUCGUGUAUGACUGCGGCGGUCUUGCACUGAAGCAGCCGAACUUUAUGACAGGAAUGAAACAUGACAUGGGUGGUGCAGCAGCAGUGUUCUGUGGUUUCGUCACCGCGGUGCGUCUCGGGCAGCCGGUUGCACUGUCUUGCACCCUUUGUCUUGCGGAGAAUGCCAUUGGACCCAAUUCGUACCGCAAUGAUGAUAUUCUGGUGAUGAAGUCUGGUAAGACAGUGGAGGUGAAUAACACUGACGCAGAGGGCCGUGUGGUGCUUGGUGAUGGUGUGUUUCACGCAACCAAUGAGCUCCCACACGUGCCUGACGUUCUCAUUGACAUGGCGACCCUGACAGGUGCACAAGGUAUCGCAACCGGUCGCAGACAUGCGGGUCUCUUUGUCAAUGAUGAAGAUGCCGAACUUGCCUUUUUAAAGGCAGGAAAGACAUGUGGCGAGACAUGCUUUCCAGUACUUUAUUGCCCAGAGUACCACAUCCCAGAGUUCCGAAGCAACGUCGCUGAUAUGCGUAAUUCAGUGGCCGAAAGAAAUAAUGCCGGAGUUUCAUGCGGUGGGCAGUUCAUUGCGAACCACCUCAGUCCAAAGUUCACGGGCAAACAUGUACAUGUGGAUUUGGCUUUUCCGACAUUUGAUGCCAAGGGUGCAACGGGCUUCGGCGCGGCUCUUCUCACGGAGUACUUCCGUAGCCUAUAA